UUCCUUCUGAACGACUGCCAUGGGAAGUAAGACCCUGCCGGCCCCUGUGCCUAUCCACCCUUCCCUCCAACUCACCAAUUACUCUUUCCUGCAAGCGUUCAAUGGGCUACCCACCGUGCCCUCGGACCACCUCUCCAACCUCUACGGCUUCAGUGCCCUGCACGCCGUACAUCUGCACCAAUGGACUUUGGGGUACCCAGCUAUGCAUCUGCCUCGUUCCUCAUUCUCCAAAGUGCCCAGUGUGUCAAGCCUGGUGGAUGCACGGUUCCAACUGCCCACCUUCCCACUCUUCCCACAUGUCAUCCAGCCCAAGCAAGAAGCUACCAAUGUGACCCUCAAAGCCAAACCGCGUUUCGACUUUGCCAACUUAGCAGUGGCUGCCACACAAGAGGACCACUCUAAACUGGGACAAGCAGACAGCCAGGGUUCCCCGCCAGGGCUUGGCUCUUUGCUUGAGGUAACUAAACUCUCUCCAGAGAAGAAACCCACACGGGGAAGGUUACCAUCCAAAACCAAGAAGGAAUUCGUGUGUAAAUUCUGUGGUAGGCACUUCACUAAGUCCUACAACCUUUUGAUCCAUGAAAGAACCCACACUGAUGAACGGCCUUACACGUGUGACAUUUGCCACAAGGCAUUCAGAAGACAGGAUCAUCUAAGGGAUCACAGAUAUAUACAUUCUAAAGAAAAGCCUUUUAAGUGUCAAGAAUGUGGAAAAGGAUUUUGCCAGUCCAGAACACUAGCCGUCCACAAGACACUGCACACGCAAGUAAAGGAACUGAAACCUACCAAACUUAAGUGCUGAAUCUCCAUCUUCUAUGAACUUUUCCUCCCCUUCAGACUUUAUACCAAAACUAGAACAGAAACAAAACUGCCAGGAUGGGAGCACUGAACUUUGUGUUUUGGUUUUGUUCGUACUUACAAACGAGCAAAAUCCCACCAAGCAACAAACUUCUUAAGUUGUGGGUGAAAAAAAAUAUUUUGUGUUUAAAAUAUACAUGAAUGACACGGAGAGUGCUGACUGACUUGUGUGACUUUGAUGAACUUUAUGCCAAAAGGUGGUGCUCACGUGUUGGACAGGAAUCUCAUUAAAA